CAGCCCAUCAUGGAGCCAUGGCACUGAGCUCGUUGAGCGAAGGUCCAGUUACCUGUUCGAGGCUAGUCCAGCACGGGCUGCGCGAUGGGCAAGGCCAAAACCAAAGCUAAGGAGAAUGCCGAAACCCCAGCUCCUAGGGAAGAGCCCAAAUCUGGAUCCUGGCGAUGGCUUCUACUUGCGGCGCUAAUUGCACCCGUCCUGGCAGCUUGGUUGCUUAGUGCUGGCAGCGCUGGGAACGAUGCGGGAGCCACCGCAGACAGCGUUACUAAGACACCAGUGGAAGGCUCGCCCAAGCCAAAACCCAAGAAGCCAGCAGCUAAGGCCGCAGCAUCAUCGGAAGCCAAGGCGCGACAAGUUUCGUCCGAUGGCCAGGACCUGAGUUGGAAGCCCAAGACCAUCUCGGUGGUGCUGCCCUGUGCCGGUGAAGGGCUCUUUGCCAAGAAGACCGUGAUCUCCGUGGCCGAGUCGGUGCCGUGGGGCAUCGGCGGCGGCAUCUUGCAGGACAUCGUGGUGGUGGACGAUGGAAGCGACCCACCCUUGAGUCAGGAGUUUCUCACUCCGAAGUUUCAGAAGAAGUAUCCCCUGAAGCUGCUCCGUCACGAUGUGGCCGUGGGCCUCAUGGGUGCUAAGUCUGCAGGAGCCGGCCUGGCCACGGGAGACGUCAUCGUCUUCUUUGAUUGCCACGUGGCUCCCCAGGACGACUGGUACCAGCAGUUUUUAGAUGCCAUUGCCGAGAACUAUCGUCGCAUCGUGGUUCCUGUCAUCACCAAUUUGGACAUCGACACCUGGAAGGAGACGCAGCGAAGUCAGGGCAUGGCCAAAUGUUAUCUAACUUGGGAUGCGGACUUCAAGUGGGUGGAAAGCACCUCACCCUACAUGCCGGUCUUGUCCGGUGGCCUCUUAGGGAUUUCCCGACGCUGGUGGAACGAAACGGGAGGCUACGAUGAGGGCAUGUCUGGAUGGGGUGGUGAGAACGUCGACCAGUCUCUGAGAAGUUGGCUCUGCGGUGGAGAGAUCGUCUCCUUGUCCAAUGCCUUCGUGGCACACAUGUGGCGCAGGACGGAAGACCCUAGAACCAAGCAGCAGUACGCAGUCUCACAACUGGACGCCAUCCGGAACAAGGCCCGUGCGGUGUUGGCCUGGUUCGAUGAGUAUCGGGAAAAGGCCGCGGAGUAUCCUGCUAUGACCUGGGUAGGCCUUCUCGGAGGGGAGGCGCAGGCGCAAAUUGCGCUGAACCGAGACGUGAGCAACUUUGAGGAGGUGAAGAAGCGUCUGCAGUGCAAACCCUUCGCCUGGUUUUUGUGGCGCUUCCGUGACAUCUACGUGGAAGGAGGUCUAUUGCCCCCAGAGGUCUUCAAGUUGCGGGAGGUUAAGACGGGUCAGUGUUUGACCUUCCUCGGCCCAACGGGUACACAUCCACAGGGCAGAGCAUCUGCCACCGUGCUGCCCUGCGACCUGGACCUGACCAAGUUCCGGGGCCUUCAUUUGGAGGGGCAAAAAUGGCAUGCAAGGAAUCGAGAUCGAGACACCGGAAAGUGUUGCUCAGCCAUCGGGAGCUGGAACACCGAUCAAUGUCUAGUGACACUCUCGCAGGAUGCGCCUUUGGCUGGGACGGUGAGUACCGGGGUCUGUGAUGUCUCGGGGAAGCAGGUGGCACCCUGGAACUUUCUGGAGCCUGAGGACAAAUCAGGAGCCGGAAAGUUGGUCUUCGGUCGGGUGAUGGAACCCAACGACUUGGCGCAGGUCAAGUGUCUUGUCGUGGACAAGAAACGUGGACAGUUUGACCUGGGUGGCUCAGGACUUAAAGCUUGGAGUCUGAAGUUGGCCAGUUGCAAGCAUAGCACCUGGGAGAAGAUCGAAAGCACCGUUCCCAUCGAGACAAAACUCUACCAGGAGGCUCUGGAACGCCAUGCUUCGCUCUUCAAGUGAGCCAUCACUGAUCCCUCGGAGAUCAAUCUGCGCCAGACCAUGAGCCAAAAAGUGCUUAGUCCCCAGUGGUGAUGCGCUGGAUUUCUGGACCAAAUGUUGGUGCAGAUUUCCGAGCUGCGAUAGUUGCGAUUUCGUGAACGGAAAGAGUGCGGAGUGGCACAAUCAGCAGGGCAUCGGGCUAAGUCUCCAGGGAGAAAAUCUCAUUUCGUUGGAAGGCGCGAAGCGCACUUAGCACUGCUGAUUUCUUG